AUGUCUGCAAAAGAUUGUGAUAGGGAGAGUUGCUCUGCUCAUGAAUUGCUGGAUUUCAGGAGUUCUCUGAAGGAGUUUCAGAAACUAGUUGAAAACCUAGUAACCCAGAAGACAAAGGAGAAAUUAGGCUUGCAUAUUAAAGACAAUGAUGAGAUAGACUAUGAAAAGUUCUAUGCAGCCACACAGGCACUUUUUGGUGCAGAAGUGAAGGAUUAUAAUGUUAAGGCCUUUUUCUGGAAGCUCAGCAACAAUCCUGAUGUAAGGAUAGAAUGGUGUGAGAUUUUUGGCUGUUUCUUAGGAGAAAGUGAUGGCAUGUCUUCCCAGCUGAAAGAAGAAAACAUGGUUUUUCUUCUAUCCAAAAAACAGCAGAUUACUCAUACAGUUGUGAAGAGAGAUGAUGCGAUUAAGGGUAUAGUGAAGGUGCCCCAUCUGGAUUUCAUAGUAACAUCCUCUCAGAAAGGAGUGCUAACUGUUUUUAACAAGCAGAUGAAGGUUCUGGCAACCACCUCUAUUGAAGAUACUGCUUGGAUCACUGGGUGUGAUUUCCUCCCUCAACUGAAAUGUGUCGUGGCUGUAACUGAAAGGACAGUCAUCAUCUGGAACUAUAAAAGUCAGCAGGAAAAAAAUAUUUGCUUUGUCAUCAAACCAAUGGAAAAUUGCCUGCUCUGUGUUUGCACUGUGACCAUGCCAAAGCAAGUGGCUAUGGAUACUAUCCUAAUGGGAGAUGAUAAGGGUUAUGUUUAUUUGCUUACUGUGACCAGUGAUCACUUGGCAUUAAAAAAAUGUAAAGGCAAAAGAGAAUCACAACUUCAGGUCUUGGACUCCAAAACUUUUCACAUUGUUAAACGCAAGCUACAUGAUGACUGGGUUAUGAAAGUUAAGUAUAUUUCUGACCUAAAUUGUUUUGGAUCCUGCUCCUCAGACAGCAUUUGUUCAUUUGUUUUGGAUGAUGUAAAGCGACUAGAGGACAACUUACCUGUAAAGGAAUUUUCUGUCCCUAAAGGAGUCAAUGCGUUCACAUACUGUAGAAAAGCAAAACUCAUUGUCACUGGUGGAAAUGACAAAUAUCUUCGUUUGUGGCAUCCUGCUGUUAAUAGUAAGCCUUCAGGGAAGCUAUCAGGGCACCUACAUAGUGUUGUGGAAAUUGUGACAAAUGAAAAAGAUCAACAUGUGAUCAGCCUUUCCUCUGCAAAGAUUUUUAGAGUGUGGGACAUACAGACUCUUUCACUGCUGCAGGUCUUCCAUGAUACUCAAGUCAACCCUGAAGAGAUGGAGAACUCUGUCAUGUUAUUUGACAAUGAUCGUGGCAUGCUUAUCUCUGGUUCAGAUGUCAUUGAUAUUUACCACUUAACUCAUAUGAUACAAGAUACAAAAUACGUGCCAAGGACACAUAAGAAAAGCAUCAAUGUUUUGGCUUACAACUGGGCUUUUCACCGGAUUCUCACUAUCUGCUCUGAGUCAAUACUGAAGGUCUGGGAUCUGGAAACGGGAUAUCAAGUAUAUCAGAUGGAAGAUGCGCAUGGGCUGAAUACUGAAGUGACCUGUGCAGCCAUUGAAAUACAUGGUUUUUAUUUUGUUACUGGAGCAUGUGAUGGAACAGUGAAAAUCUGGGUGUUUGAAAGUGGCCAGGAAGUUAAAGCUUUGCCUUUGGCCAAGUGCAGCAAAGAUGAGUGUCGUCUGCUGAAGAUAGUUUAUCUGAAGGCCGAUGAGAGCCAACAUGCACUUCUUGCUUUGGAACAGAGUGGGAAGAUGAAAAUCAUUCAGGGUAACUCAGUUGAAACAUACCUGUAUGUCACAUGGGUGCUUCCUGAGGCAGUGUCAUUUCCACGAAAGAAUCCAGUUGUGCCUCUGUUACUGAAGCCUGACACCUUACAAACACAUGAUUUUUUCCCGGAUAUUCAGUUUCUAUCUGACACCAGUUCUCCAAAGAAUGACACAGAGAAUUUUGUACCUUCUGUGGAAAUCAAAUGUUUUGCUGUUUUAAAAGUAGAAGGAUGCAGUUUGAUAGCUACAGGAAGUGCAAAUGGUGCAAUAAUUCUGUGGGAUUUUGAAUCUGCCACUGUGAGAUGCUUGUGUGAAAUUAAUGAAGACAGCCAGGCUUCAGUUCUUCAGGCAUCUGGAGUCAAUGCCAUGUUAUUCCUUGUACAUAGUGCUUUCUCUUUCAGGAAAUACAGUUCCCUAUCCUCUGCUACAGCUACUGUGAGGAGUCACAAUGAUGCCGUUCCAGAGCACAAGAGCAGUUCUUUGAGCCUACAAGAGGAAAAUGUAAAAAGUGGUGAAAUUAAUACUGAAAAGACAACAGCAAAAGACACAACUAGUUGCAAGAGUAUGCAGUAUGUACCCAAAGCUGAAGCAGGACACUCACCCAUGCUGGCUUCUGCUCAUGAAAAUGGCUGUAUCUGCCUAUGGAAUAUUCAGGGAAACUUAGUGAAAGAACUUUUGCCAUUUUCAAAACAUCCUUCAGUUCCUCUGACAGCACUAUGUACAGACAUCUCCACUAAAAUACUUUUGGCAGGCAGUAAGGAGGGACACAUUAUGCGCUGGUACAUUGCCUCAUUCUUAGAAGGUCCACAAAGAGAUAAAAAUCAAAUAAAGGAGGAGAUCUGCUGGAGGGCACAUGCUACUGAAGUGAUUGAUUUAUUUCAUGAAGAGGAGAAAAAUGUGGUAGUAACAGCAUCUAUUGAUGGUUCAGUCAGGCUCUGGAAUGCGAUGAAUGGAUACUAUCUUGGUUACUACGGACAACCCAGGAAGUUUGAAGUAUUCGAUACUACUCGGUUGAUUUUGCCUUGUGAUGUUAAUACUUUUCCUAUUAUAAUUAAAGAAGAAAGCAAGUAUAUGGAAGAGGAGGAGCUUGAAUGUCCUCUCGUGCUGGACAGGGACAAGUGGAAGUCACUGACCAGACCACCUUCACAUUUAAAAGGUCUUAAACAUAUGGACACAAUUCAGGACUCAAAGUUUUUCAAAUCUCUAGCUUCUCCAAAGAUCUAUAAACAACCUGUGAAAUGUUUUGAGCCUGGGAACAGAUUGGCUGGUGCAGUAUUUGGGUAUCUUCCUAUAUAUAAGCUUGAGAAGCCAACUGAAGAGAGAAUGCCACCAAGUCUUCAGAAGAGAAAAGCUGAGACACCAAGUGCCACUGGAUAGACAAUGCAGACAGGUGAAGAACAGCAUCAAGACAAAUAAACAUAAUGUCCAUCUUCAUGGCAAGUAGAUUAACAUGUAACAUGUCCCUUAUUUCAUUUUUUUCUCAGUUUCUUUUUGAUUUUAAUUAUAUGUAAAUCCAUUUCAUGAUUAAGUAGAACAUCUAGAAAUCAAACCUUGACUUCUAAUCCAGUCUCAUGCAGAUAAAUAAUUCUGAUAAAGACAGUGUAUGGUUAUAACAAGAUACAGAAAAGUCUAUCUCACUCCACUUUUUGAUGGUUAAGAAGGAAAAGGACCUUACUGUGAUUAACUGCUUAAAGAUUCAGAGCCAUAUAUCUGCUUUUGCUAGCCAUAUAGAUUCCUCUGAAAAACACAAAAUGUAAUUCCAGAGGUACUGCUCUAACCUUUUUCUCAUUUUAAGAACUUUUGUGUCCUUAACUAGGCAAAGAGAUGAUGGGAUGUUCUGUAGGUAGCACAGAUACGCCACAGUAUCCUAGUCAAAUGUCUUCACUUAGAUUCCCUUGUUAAUCAUGUUGAGAUAAGACAGAAGAAAGAUUGAGAACUAUGUUCAAAUAAUGAGAAAUAGCCCUAUUUAAAGGUACCAUUAAAGAUGGCAUUCUCCUUUACCCAGACUCUGUCAGCCUCAUAAUUACUCUUGGUAGCAAAGUUCGCUGUAAUUUGAGCUUUGUGAGUCACUACAAGGCAGAUUUCUGUAGCCUUUUUAAGCCUUUUCACCACAGUGGUUAUGUUUUUUUAAGUGUCUAAUGUGUCAGAACUCCAUUUUACACUCAUGAUCAGAUAAACAUCAGAUUCACAAAAAGGAGUUAGUAUGCCCUGCUGUUUCUGCCUCUUAAUUCCUUGCUUAUGCUUUCAGAGAGCAUGUUCACCCUCUAAACCAGAAGACUACAUGCUGAGCUCAUAUUCAAUUCAUUAUCAGUCAUGAUUCCCUGAAUCCUUCCUGGCAUUUCAGCAUUCCCAGACACUGCCACAACAUGACACAGGUCACAGAAUACAUAUUCCAACAUCCUUUGUUUCACUAAAGGUACAAAUAGUUGCCAAGUGUGUCACUGUAGUAAAUAUUUAAGAUAACUCCUGUAACUAGAGCCAUUAUUACCUACUGUUUCUGGGGGGAAAAAAAUGGGUUUUCUGUAUUACUAGUAAUGAAUGGUGUUUGAUCUGCAAAACUUUUUUUAGCAAAAUAUCUUGUGGGAAGGUGUUUAAAAAUACUAUUAUCAACUGUUCAGGAUCUGGCUGGGGUGAACCUAAUUACAUUCCAUAUAAUGUCCUGCUCAGCAAUAAGAGUUUAUGGAAUGGAGGAGCAAAUCAAGAUGUUUUUGGUUGUGAUACCUGUCUUCCCAUGUAACCAUUACGUACGUUGAGGUCCUGCUUUCCAGGAAACGGUUAAACAUCUGCCUGCUGAUGGGAAGCGGUGGAUGGAUUCUGUACCUUAUUUUGUUUGCACAUGCAGCUUUGCUUC